AUGUUUGGCUGCCUUAUACAAGCUGAUUAUGGUUCAUAUGGUUUAUUCAUAUGGAACAAUAAUAAUAAUAAUCAAAAUGACCAAAAUGAAAAUAUUCCAAUCGAAACAAUCAUUCCAAUUGAUCAAAGAUUUCAUUAUCAACUUGCAUCAUCAUCAUCAUAUCGUUUUAUAUUAUCAUAUAAUGAAAUGACUGAAAAAUUUAUUUCACAAUUACAACAUAUUGUUUCGGUAUCACAUCGUACAUUUACCGAUUCAAUCGAUUUUAUAUGGAUCAAACAAUAUAUUCAACAAAUUCCAUUACAAUCCAAUGACCAGUUUUAUUUAUCAUCAAAUGGUGGUAAUAAUGAUAAUUUACGAUUUUCAAAUAAAUUAAUCAAUCUGUUUGACGAUAUGAAUCAACAGCAGCAACAAUAUGAAAAUCAUCAAAUGAAAUCAAUUAUAAAUAAUAAUAAUUAUAUUGAACCAGAAUCACCGGAACAUUUUGGUGAUUAUGAUACGGAUAAUUUUCUUAAUAGUGAUUUUAAUCGUGAAUUGCAAAUACAAACCGCAACAGAAGAACGUAGAAAUGAAUAUGUACGUUAUGUUAAUUAUACACUGUUUAUUGGUACAUGGAAUGUAAAUGGCCAGAUAAUGUUGAAUACCGAUGUGAUGCGUACACAUUUUUUAUCGAUAGACGCUAAUGCACCAGAUUUUUAUGCAAUCGGUUUUCAAGAAUUAGAUCUAAGUAAAGAAGCAUUUCUUUUUAAUGAUAAUAAAAAAGAAGAUUAUUGGUUACAGAUUUGUGAACAAUCAUUACAUCCGGAGAGGCAAUAUUUUUUGUUGAAAAAAAUCCGCCUCAUCGGUAUGAUGUUGAUUAUAUUUGCUGCAAGAGAAUUUCGGCAAUUUAUUAAAAAUGUUGCAGCCGAAACUGUUGGCACUGGGAUUCUUGGAAAAAUGGGAAAUAAAGGCGGUGUCGCUAUUCGUUUUGAGCUACAUGAUACAAGUAUUUGUUUUGUCAAUUGUCAUCUAGCAGCGCAUGUUGAACAAUUUGAACGACGUAAUCAGGAUUUUCGUGAAAUUAAUUCACGUUUACAAUUUAUGAAUCUUAAAACACCAAAACGGAUUUAUGAUCAUGAUCAAAUUUAUUGGUUUGGUGAUUUAAACUAUCGUAUAAUGACAUCAGAUACUGAUUAUGUGAAAAAAUUAUUAAAUCUUCAAGAAUUUGAUAAAUUAUUAGCUAUUGAUCAAUUACGUAAUCAAAUGCUUGAGAAAAAUUGUUUUCAAGGUUUCAAUGAAUCCAUUAUACGUCAUAUGCCAUCAUAUAAAUAUAAUACUGGUACAAAUGAAUGGGAUUCAUCGGAAAAACGGCGGCCACCUGCAUGGUGUGAUCGUAUAUUGUGGCGUGGUGAAAAUAUCCAUCAAACGGUAUAUAGAUCACAUCCUGAAUUGAAAGAUAGUGAUCAUAAACCAGUAUCAGCAUUAUUUGAAUCACAAGUAUUAUUAAUUGACCAUCAACUUAAACGUAAAGUAUAUGAAGAUGUGAUGAAAAAAUUGGAUAAAGUUGAAAAUGAAUUAUUACCACAAGUUUCCAUUGAUACAACGGAAAUUAAUUUCGGUACCGUGUCAUUUAAAGAUAAUUCAUGUCGUAUGUUAACAUUGACAAAUACUGGACAAAGUCGUAUCCGUUAUCGUUUUAUAAAUAAACCAAAUGAUAAAAAUUUCUGUAAACAAUGGUUACGUGUAACACCAGCUACUGGUAUGAUUAAAGUGAAAGAAGAAAUUAUCAUUGUAUUUGAAUUGAAUUUCGAUGAUAUAUCAAUGGCAUAUCGUUUUAAUUAUGGCUUAGAAACAUUGGCCGAUACAUUAGUAUUAAGUUUGAUUGGUGGAAAAGAUAUUUUCAUCACAAUUUCUGGUGAUUAUCGUCUCAGUUGUUUUGGCUGUUCAUUGCAAACAUUGGUUCAAUUGGAACAACCAAUAGCAACGAUGACAUUGAAAGAAUUUCAACAAAAAUUUGGUGAUCAUCAUGUUUCAAAAUUACCUAAUUAUAAAGAACGAUUAAUUGAUAUUAUAACUGAAUCAAUGUCAACAAUGAAUGUCAAUGAUAAUAAUAAUGAUGAUGGUCUUCCAUUGCCGAAAGAAUUAUUCAUUCUCAUUGAUCAUCUUUAUCGUAAUGGUUAUGUUAAUGUUAAUAUAUUUCAAAGUUCUGGUAUGGAAAAUGAAUUUUUCAUCAUACGUGAUUCAUUGGAUUCAAGUGAUCCGAAUAGAAUAGCAAAUGUAUCUGAACAUUCAUUAGCUGAAGCAUUAUUAUUAUUUCUUGAAACAUUACCUGAAUCAAUUAUACCGUUCAUUUUUUAUGAUCGUGUACAACGUGCAAAUAAAAACCAUAGUGAAUGUAAACAGAUUUAUAAUGAAUUAUCCGAAAUUCAUCGUUCAGCAUUCCAUUAUUUGAUGAUGUUUUUGCAGGAAAUGUGUAAUAAUUCUGGCAUUGAUAAACCAUUGAAUAAACUUUAUAUCUCAAAAUUAUUUGGACCAAUAUUAAUACGCAGGCCACCGGAAUCAUUUUAUACAUUCAAUAAUAAUAAUUCAGAUAAUAAUCAAUUAUUAAUCGAUAUUCAUCAAUCUGGUCAUCAACAACAACAACAACUACUACUACAGCAACCAUAUGGAACAAUAAAAUCAUCAUCAUCAUCUUCGUCAUCAUCAUCAUCAUUAUCAUCAACAACAAUAGCAACAGCACAUCAACAGAUGUCUUGUUUUAGUGGUCAACCAAUGAAUAGUGGCAGCAUCGGCAAUAAUGAAAAAUACAAAAUCGAUACACUAACACCAGAACAAUUUUUUAUUAAUUAUUUUCUUAAUUUAAAUACUUGGUAAAUACCUUGAUCGUCACGACACACACACAUCAACAACUUAUUUUAUUUGCCUUUAGCGCCUUUUCAAAUUAUAUUCACCGGUCACACAUUUAUCAUCAUCAGAACAUUUAUUUUUUUUCUAAUUUUUUAAAUUUUGUUGUUAUUGUUGUUGUUGUUUUUAUGAUUAUUGUAAAAUUGUAAAUCUCUACAAAUCUUUAUCUGUAAUAAUAAUGAAAUGGAUGGAUUAA